AUGAACCUACGACAUUGUGCCGGCAGCGGCGGCCUGUGCCUGAAGCCGGCGGCGCGGCUGCGCGAGGCGCGCGGUGACGUGGCGGGCGCCGCCGCCGCGCUCGCCGCGCUGCGCGUGCUCGCUGAGCUGAAGGUGCCGCUGCCGGUGGUGUGCGUGGUGCCGCUGUGCGAGAACAUGGCGGGCGCGGCGUGCAUGAAGGUGGGCGACGUGCUGCCCACGCUCUCCGGCCUGCACGUUGUGGUAGAGGACACGACGGCGGCGACGCGGCCGGCGCUGGCGGACGCGCUGGUGUUCGCGCAGGCGCUGCACCGCCCCGCGCUCGUGCUCGGCCUCUCCGCGCUCGCCGACGAGUGCGCGCGCGCGACGGGCGCGGCCGCCUUCGCGUGCUUCAGCAACAGCGCGGCGGCGUGGCGCGGCCUGCGCGCGGCGGGCGCGCGCGCCGGCGACCGGCCCUGGCGCCUGCCGCUGUGGCGCUGCUACGACCGCGGCCUCGAGGGUAAGCCGAUCUCGUUGAGACUGGCCGACUGCGCAGGAGAUAUUAUAGUGCAGCGCAGACACUACGUGCACUCUCUGUUCCUGUCACUCUCAUACUCCGGUGGGACGACGCGAGACACGACCGAUGACCCGGCCGUGGACUUAAGAAACAAAGGAUCCGGUGUAGCAUCACCUUGUCAUGGAGCAGCUUUUUUAAAGAAAUUCAUCUGCGGUCCAUGGGUGCACAUGGACCCGUCGGGCGUGGCGCGCGCGCCGCCCGGCGGCUACCUGCGCGAGCGCCGCGCCUCGGGCCGCCCCACGCGCACCCUCGCCGCCUUCCUCGCCGACAUGGCGCGCCGGCGCGACGCUAACACUGACAGCGACGCUACGGGA